UUUUAGACCUUUUUAGGCCGUAGCUGUCAAAAUUCUCGGCUCAACCUAAUCUCGCUCCAUUUCAUCAUAAUCAUCAUAAUGAAGCUCUCAUAACCUUAUAUACUCAAUUCACGACGACACCUACAUACUAGGCAGCUAAGCUCACCCAGCUCGCUUAUCCGGCUCAUACGCCACUCGCCAAUUGGGCCGUUGGACGACCUUUCACGGUCUUUCAAUGGCACGGUUGGGAAUACGUUGAUACCUAUUCGCUAGACACACAACUCACCCCCGAGAAGUGUGUGUGUGAGAGAGAGUUUCAAUAUCAGGGGGGCUGGAUAGUAAGAGCACAUAAGAGAGAACAGAAAUUACUACUGCUUAAAAUACAUACAUACAUACAUACAUACCUACCUAGACUAGAAAACAUUAAAAAAUGGAACGCCACCGCCAGGCAGUGCGCCUCCUCUCGGCCGCCGUCCGCGCCUUCUUCGAGCGCGCGGAGCCGUACCGCAUAUGGCACGGCAGCACGAACAGCACGCGGCCGGCGCACCAAAAGGCCGGGGCCAGACUCGUCGAUAUUAGCGGCCUGCGCAAUGUGCUUUCCGUGGACGCGGCGCGGCGUAUCGCUCUCGUCGAGCCGAACGUCCCUAUGGACCGCCUCGUCGAACACACCCUCGCUCACGGCCUCGUGCCCCCUGUUGUUAUGGAGUUCCCUGGCAUCACGGCCGGAGGCGGGUUCGCGGGCACGGCGGGCGAGAGCUCGAGUUUUAAGCAUGGGUAUUUCGAUGAGAAUGUACGCGGUGUUGAGAUCGUGCUACCGGAUGGGGAGGUCGUGUUUGCGAAGCCGGGGGAUGGGGUGGGUAAGGAGGGGGAGUAUGCGGAUUUAUUUAGGGGUGCGACGGGGGCGUUGGGGACGUUGGGGGUGGCGACGUUGUUGGAGUUGCGGUUGAUUGAGGCGAAGAGGUUUGUGCGUACGACGUAUAGGAGGACGAGCAGCGUUGCGGAGGCGGUGAGGGUUGUGAGGGAGGAGUGUGAGAAGGAUAGGGGGAACGAUUAUGUUGAUGGGAUUCUGUUCUCUAAGGACCAUGGCGUUGUUGUUACUGGAAAGUUAACGAACGAGUUGCCGGAUAACGAAAAAGUGCAGACGUUUAGUCGCGCUUGGGAUCCGUGGUAUUACAUGCAUGUGCGCGAGCGCACUGCGAAUCUCCCCUCAUCCGCCUCCAUCACACCGAAAGAUGGAUCUGUCACUGAGUACAUUCCGCUGGCGGAGUACCUGUUUAGGUAUGACCGCGGCGGGUUCUGGGUCGGUCAGGCCGCAUUCGACUAUUUCCGGCCAGUUCCCUUCAACCGCUUCUUCCGCUGGUUCCUCGACGACUUCUUACACACGCGCAUGUUAUACCGUGCGCUACACGGCAGUGGCGAGAGCGGCCGCUUCGUCGUCCAAGACGUUGGCAUGCCCUAUGAGGCCGCGGAGCCUUUCGUUGACUACGUCUCCGAGCACCUCGACAUCUGGCCGCUAUGGCUGUGUCCCCUAAAGACCCCCGCGGGACCAAGCUUCCACCCACACCUACGAUCAGUCUUAGACCUGCCAGGAGAGCGCAUCGAAGGCGACAACAUAGGCGAGUUCAGCAGCGGCAGCCUAGGGGAAGAAGCAGGCCAGAUGCUCAACAUCGGAGUAUGGGGCUGGGGCCCGAAAGACCGGGACGCAUUCGUGCGCGCGAACCGCGACCUCGAGCGCCGCGUCGACGAGCUCGGCGGCAUGAAGUGGCUGUACGCCCACACGUACUACUCAGAGCCCGAGUUCUGGCGCGCGUACGGCGGCCACCGCGCCCGCUACGAGGCCCUCCGCGAGAGGUACAGGGCCGAGUCGCUGCCGAGCGUCUACGAUAAGGUGCGCGUCAAGGUCGAUCCUAAGAGUGAGAAUGACUGGAAGUCUAGGGUUAAGGCGACUUGGCCGUUCGGCGGGCUUGUGGGGAUUUGGAAGGGUAUUAAAAGUAGGGAUUAUAUGCUCCAUCGUAGGGCGACGUGGAAGUGGAAAGGAGGUGAUGGGGGAGAGGGUAAGGAGAAAAUAGCGUAGGUUGUGUUGUGUGUAUGUAAGGUCAUGCUGUUCGUGGUUCAAGGCGGAAAAAGCGUGUGCGCUAUUUGUACGAGUAUUGGUUGCUAAUAUUAUCUAUGAGAUGUACUUAAGGUAAUCGGCAUCGAUGUGUCGGAUAGAGGGAUAGAUCAUUAUAGACUGCCUAAGGCUAGUAGGCUGGCUAUAUGGGGAAGGGAAUAAAAGGGUUCCAAUGACCACGCGGAUAUUGUGGCAUGGUAUUCCUGUUCCUCGCUUGAGAUGAUGUAACCGAUACUGUCAGGGGCACAUACAGAUUUUCAAGAACAGAUUAUCCUCGGUCGGUGAAUUAUUUGGCUCUACUUUUAAACCGAGUGGAAAUCAUCCAGUAGCUUGCUGAGCGAACAGCUACAAUGCUGUAAAAAGAGGUUGGUGGCAAAGACAGGGUGAGAUCUAGGAGAAAAUUAUGAGAAGUCUGAUACCAACUAUCGUACCAUACGAUGAUUCUUAGAUACGCCCUCGCUUAUAUCAUGCACCAAGUUCCCUCGGUU